AUGGCCAACAACCUUCACCCAGAUGCAUCAAGAAUACAUUUUGCUGUUAACAUUGCACUUGACCAUCGUCUCAUGCACAGCCUUCAAAAGCAGCUAGGCCAGGAUCCAACCAUUAACAGACACAUGAUCACUGCCGAGCCAGAGCACUCAUCAAAACAAAUGGAUAUUACAAGUCAAGAGAAAGACAUCUUUAACUUGAAUGCUACAGACAAUCCAGGGCACUGGAUUGACGGUUGGAAAAACAGGAUGGAAGUUGCCUAUCAACUCUGGAACUACCCUCGAAAAUCUUACAGCACUCGCACUGAUCUGAUGGACAGGCUGUGGUGA